AAAUAUCAUCAUGUCGCUGUGAUUCAUCAGUUGACUCGAGGGGGCGGGGGGCGCUGUGAUUGGCUGGAGGCGCUGCGGAGGCGGGAAGGUUGUGGAAGAGAAGGGCGCUGAUUGGUCGACUGCGGCCACGUCACGCGCAUGAUCAGCCGGUAAAUAAGACGCCGGUUCGGAAGUUGACCGAAGUGAGAGAAGCGACCGACCGACCGGAGGACCGGGAAGCAGCAGCGCGACCGACUAACCAAGUGUUUCCGGUGCAUUGUUCGAGUCCGGACCUCUGACGGGCCCAUGGUGCAGCACGUGAAGCCCGGCAGGGCGGGGAGCAGCAGCGGCUCCCGGCGCGCCGCCGACCCGGAGCGCAGCGAGCUCGUGGCCGCCUCGGCGCGCGGCCCCGCGCCGCUGAAGCCGGACUGGUGCCGGACGGCGUCGGGCCACAUCAAGCGGCCCAUGAACGCCUUCAUGGUCUGGUCCAAAGUGGAGCGGAGGAAGAUCAUGGAGCAGGCGCCGGACAUGCACAACGCCGAGAUCUCCAAGCGGCUCGGGAAGCGCUGGAAGAUGCUGAAGGAAGCCGAGAAGGUCCCGUUCGUCCGGGAGGCGGAGCGGCUCCGGCUGCAGCACAUGGCCGACUACCCGGACUACAAGUACCGGCCCCGGAAGAAGCCCAAGGCGGACGGGUGUGCGUGUCCCGCGGCGAGGCCGGAGAACAACAAACACCCCAAGAAAUUCUCCAAGUUGAAACGGAGCCAGUCGGUGGUCGGUCCCGGCGGAGCGAGCAGCCGCGUCCCGCAGCACCCGGAGCCCCGGUACCGGUACGUGCUCACCAGCAGCUUUAAGACCAGCAAGGUCGUGACCCGGGACUUUACCGACGACGAGGAGGAGGAGGAGGAUGAUGAUGAAGAUGAUGAAGACUCCGAGGAGGAGCCGUCCCGGUACCGCCUCGCACAGGUUCCGGCCGCUGAGCCGGACCGAACCGGCCGCCUCUUCUACAGCUUCAAGAACAUCACCCGGCAGGGCCGCGGCUCGUCCCGGUCCGGCUCGUCCCGGUCCGGCUCGUCGUCCUCCUGCUGCGGGGACGAGGACGAGCUGCCCGCGGAGGGGAGCGACUUCCCCGCGAGCCUCCUCGCCUCCUCCGAGCCGUGGAGCGGCGGGGCCCCCGGCGGGGCCCCCGGCGGGGCCCCGGGGAACCUGAGCCUGUCGCUGGUGGACAAAGACUUGGACUCGUGCGGCGGCAGCAGCGAUGGAAGCCGCGGCUCCCACUUCGACUUCCCGGACCACUGCACCCCGGAGCUCAGCGAGAUGAUCUCCGGGGCCCCGUGGCUGGAGGCCAACUUCUCCGACCUGGUGUUCACCUAUUGAGCCCGGGGAGGGGAGCUCCGGGGGGGGGGGGGGG